GUGUAGCAGACUGUCAGAGGAGGCGACAAUGCCCAAGUGCUCGGCUGCAUUUUACAUUACGCUAGGUUUCUUAUCUCUCUGGACAACUGUAGCGUCAACAGGAUCCUGUGACUGCAGUUCUGAAAACUUGAACUUAUUAAAAGAUAAAUGUAACAACACAGAAGGAGUCUCUGAUUUAGCAUGCUACAUAAAAUAUAUCAAAAAGGAACUUAUGUCCAUCUGUGUAUGGACAGGAAACACGUCAACCUCAUACACACUUUACACAAAACAGAGAAAGUGUAGUUGUAUAGCUGUACAUCAGAAGGACAACAUUUGGUCUUCCAAUUACUUUCUUGUUGUCUUACAUUGGAAUGUGACGGCUCACGUUAUUGCAACCAGUAAAGAUCAGCCCUCGUGCACCUACAAAAAUUUCAGCGGAAUUCCAUCCAUGAUGACAAUGUGUGGUCCUCAUUCAAAAAUUACUUACAAAAGAAGCUCAGGCAAUCUGACUGUUUUGGUGGAGUGGGGAAAUGAAAGCAAACAUAUUAAAAGCUUUCUUGUAAAGUACAGAGAGUUCAACACUACAAGGUGGAAAGAGCAACAGUCUAUAGACAACAAAAAAGGUGUUUUAUUGAAUCUGACGCCAUCUCUGCCUUACGAGUUGCAAACACAGUGUGUCUCCAACAAAGAGUGUGUGCAUUGUCCACUAAGUGAGGUCAUCAUAGUUCCACCUGAACUCACAGAUGCACCAUCAAUCCAACUGGAGACUCAAGACCAUCAUAAUCUUUCUAUAUCACCAGGCCAGAGAAAGGUGGUCGUGAAGUGGGAGUAUGCAAACAGUGAGGCUGUGGCUAACUACAGUGUGACAGUGAGGAAAGUAUCCGGGGAACCCAGCAAUCGGGACAGUUUCAGUACUGAAGAUUCAUCUCUCACCCUGGUCCUGUCCUACUCUGCAUAUAACAUCAGCAUCAGGGCUUUAAACAGUGCUGGAUCGUCUCCUGUUUCCAGUAUAGCGAUGGAGCAAAUGGACGAAUGGAGGGAUUUGUUUGGUCCAUUCACUGUCAACAUAACCAGCAACAACAGUUUUAGUCUGUCCUGGAGCAGCUCUGACUCAAGUGUCUGUUACUCUGUGGAGUGGUGGGCCAAAGGACAGAUACCAGCUUUCCGUCCAUUCUAUGUGAAGCAGAUCAACAAAGAAAAAACAGUGAAAACCGAGAGCAUUUUUCGGCCCUAUACAAGAUAUUAUUUCUUCCUGCACGUCAGACCGUACAUAGACACCUGCAACAUGAAGAAUGUGAACGGCAGUGAGACGACCGGUGGCACAGCCCAAACUUACUUCAUUGAAGGAAGUCCUAUCAGUGCUCCUGGGAAUGUUAGCACUUUGAAUAUUACCCAGCAUUCCUCAGUUAUUACGUGGAGCCCUGUGUCUGAGGAAGACCUACGUGGAUUCUUAUUGGGCUACUACAUCUACUUGACAGAGGACAAUAAUGAAACUUCCUUCAAAGUGGAUCCCAGUGUAAACAGCUAUGAGCUGCAGAAUCUCGAAAGCAACAGUGUGUACCGCGUGCAACUAUCUGCAUUUACAGCAGUUGGAGAAGGAAAGCGCAGUGAUUCCACACACUUUGUCACAAACCGACCAGAUUUCACAGCUCUGAACAGCAUUAUAGCCGCGGUUGUUGUAGGAAUAAUAAUUCUUUUACUAGCUGUUCACUUCAGCUUCCGGCUUCUGCACAGAGCCAAGAAACUGCUGUGGCCGAGUAUACCAAAUCCUGAGAACAGCAAUGCUGUUCAGAAAAUUGAAAUUGCAUAUGAACUGGGUAUCCUGGAGCCACUAAUCAGACAGAGAUUAGAAGAAAGUGAGGGAUGUGAUUCCAGUACAGUGUGUGUCAUUGGGAGCAAGAGGGAGGCAUCUCCUCUCAGCAGCCCUCCCACUACACUUCUCCUCAGUGAAGAUGAGGACAGCCCAUCCAUCCCGGAGGAGAUCGCCUCACCUGACAUCCCAACACAAGUCCCAACCAGAGAGCCUGCUAUCAAAGAGACUUUCCCUACGGACUUGAAUAAAACAGUCUCCAUUUUGAGCACUUCUCUCAACGAAGAAGUCACAUCCUUUGAAAGCAAAGACCCUGGAGAGACCGCCUCCAACCCUACAGUAUCGGACUUCAUCCCAGCAUCCCAACCUGCUGUGGUUUUCAUGAGCGAUUACACUACCAUGGAGAUCUUCCAGCAGGUCACUAUGACAGGGAUUCAGGGUCCAUCCAUUCAAGCAGUAAAACCUGAAUUGGCUGCUGUACAUACAGGGCAGGAUUACAUUCGGCAGUCGUAUUGUUUGCAAGAAACAGUCAAGGAACCACCAGGGGCAUUUAAUGGUACUGAUGUUUUAAACACAGAAAUCACAGUGCUUUGAGACACUUUUAUCCUGUGAUUUAGAGGACACUUACUAUACGGACACAAUCCCUCUGGAGCACCCUAAGAUUAGGAGCCUCAUUUAUGGGGUAUAAUGUUCAUUGUCUUGUUCCUGACAGCUUUAGCCUUUUAGUAAUAAAAGAUGGAAUGCGCUACUUGUAUUGACAGUGAUUGGACUCAGGUCUCCGAAUUCUACCUCUGAAGCACCAGUUCUCACGACAGAGACCACGGCAUCAAUGACACAGCCCUAGAUGUUCCUUAAAAGAGGACAUGAAAUGCAUUUUCAAAUCUUUAUAUCAUGUUUCUUGAGGUUAUCAAUGUUUAAUUGCAUAAAAAAAAAGAGUGUACCACGUUUCCAUCCUUAUUUUCACUU